AACCGUAUCAGUAAGAAAGCUCAGACGGACCAGACCUUGCCCUUCCCUCCCCUUCCAUUUCCCCCCUCUUUCCUCUCUCUUUCUCUCUCUAUGCGGUAGAAUUUGUCUGUCUGUUCACGGUGGAGGGAGGAGCUCUCUGACCUUGAUCUUCUUUGUUUCUUGAGAAAGGAGGGAGCUUGGGGGUUCUUCACUUCCUGUGUUUCUUGGUGAACUGCUGCUGCUGUCUGUUGCCAAGAAUAAUGGAGGAGGCCAUGGAAGGGAACAAGGACAAGUUGGGAGAUGGGGCACUCCCGGGCUUCUCCCCCGCCACUUCCACCCGGAUUUUUUGGAGAUCCCGCAAAAGAUCAGAAGUAGCAUAUCUGUUUCAUUUUCCUACAGCUAGUGGACGGGGUUUGGACGAAGCAGCAGCAGAUAUUGCUAAGAAUAACGCACCUGAAAAACAAGAAAAUGUGCUAGUUGAUGAGAAGAUGCAGGACUCAACCCAAACUCCCGAACUCUCUGAGCGUCGCAAAGCACUGUUUGAGCCCUUGGAGCCUCCAGAAAGCAUUAAAGGCCGAAGACCAUCCGCUGAGACUUUGCUUCCUCCUCCUGACUUCGACUCUGCAAGCUAUCCAAAGGGCUGGCUCAUAGGCAAAAAGCGGAAGCUAGUAAAUGUUGAUGUCGUAGAAAGUAUGCGGAGGAUUGCGGUUCAGGAGAUGAACAGAAAGGAUAGGGAAAUUGGCGGUCUAAACGAACAGCUGGAAGAGGAUGCUCGGUGCCUCGAACACCUGCAGUUGCAGCUUCUAGAUGAAAAGAGCAAACGAAGCGAGGUCGAGAGGGAGAAUGCAAUGUUGCGGGAUCAAAUAUCAAUGUUGAUGAACAUGUUAGAAGAAAAUGAACCAAUGGAAGACGGGCAAGACCAGGAGGAGCCUUAAUUCAUCAAACAUCCAAACCAAAAAAAAUUUCUCAUAAAGAAAAUAAGUCACUGUGGACGAUAGAGGAAGAAAGCCAAUUAUAAUAUGGAUCUUCAAUUCUCCUUUGUAUUUAUAUUCUUUUGCCUUGAAUUUGUUUAUUAAAGAUAGGCACUGUGAACAGAGACACAGCUUCGUCUUAAAGAUCUUGUAUAGUGGACGGUGUGUGUAAAUUUGUUCAUGCAUGAUAUUAUGGAUUUGCUCUUAUCAUAUCGGUUGUAAA